AUGUCGAAAAGCGUGGCGGUAAUGAUGUACUGCUGCAGCUGGCACUACUUCAUCGAGGUGAACCCUCGCAUCCAGGUGGAGCACACGGUCACGGAACAGGUGACUCAAGUGGACCUCGUCCAGACCCAGAUCCGCAUCGCCGCGGGGGCCACCCUGAAGGACCUUGGCCUGGUCCAGGAGAACGUGAAGGUUGGCGGGGUCGCCAUGCAGUGCCGGGUCACCACCGAGGACCCUUCCCAGGCGCGUUCGGUCUCGUGUACCGUAAACCUUUCCGUGUAUUCUGGUUCCGUGUACUUAAAACCGUCCCGUUGGGAACCGAUCCGAUACAUCAAGGCCUUGUACGUGCUGUCUGUCCGCUCGAUCAGCGACUUUAAGCCCGACACGGGCCUGAUCGAGGUUUUCCGCUCCCCCGGAGGCAUGGGCAUCCGCAUCGACGACGGGCCCGGGUUCCAGGGGGCCAACAUCAGCCCGCACUACGACUCCCUGCUGAUGAAGAUCACGGCGAACGCUCCCACGCGAAGGGUGGGUUUGAUAAAGACACAGGAUGUGGUGGAUGCGGAAGCUGAUUCGUUGCCUUCACACACAGGGACGAAGCCCUUCCUUCUCAACGUCCUCAAGCACCCCGACUUCGUGGACGGGACUGUCAACACUUCCUUCAUCGGCGAAAACCCGCACCUUCUCUCGCCCAUGCGCGUCUCCAACCGUGGCCAAAAGAUGCUAAAGUACAUCGCGGACGUGAUCGUGAACGGUCCCGACCCCUCCCUCGGAGCCGUUGGAGGCGAGCCGGCCAUCGUCGACCCCACCGUGCCUGCCCUUGACCCCAUGACCGACAUGCCCAAGAAGACCGAGCCCAGCCUGCGAGACAUCUACGUGAAGGCAUGUCAAAGAGACGGACCGGAGGCGUUCGCGAAGGCGGUCCGCAGCAACGAGGGGCUCCUCAUCACCGACACCACCUGGAGGGACGCCCACCAGUCGCUGCUAGCCACUAGGGUCCGGACGAUCGACCUCCUCAACGUCGCCCCGGCCACCUCGGUCGCUCUCCGAAAGGCCUACAGCCUCGAGUGCUGGGGCGGGGCUACCUUCGACGUGUCGAUGCGAUUCCUCAAGGAGUGCCCGUGGGACCGUCUGGCGAAGAUCAGGGAGGCGGUACCCGACAUCCCCUUUCAGAUGCUGCUGAGGGGGGCGAACGCCGUCGGCUACACCUCGUACCCGGACAACGUGGUGUUCAGGUUCUGCGAGGAGGCCCAAAAGGCCGGCAUGGACGUCUUCCGCGUGUUCGACAGCCUCAACUACCUAGAGAACAUGCGCCUGGGCAUCGACGCCGUGGGGGCUGCGGGGGGCAUCGUCGAGGCUGCCGUGUGCUACACCGGGGACAUCUUGGACCCUUCCAGCGAGCAGUACAACCUGGACUACUACCUCAGCUUCACGAGGCAGCUCACCGACCUCGGCAUCCACGUGCUGGCCAUCAAGGACAUGGCAGGCCUUCUCAAGCCCGAGGCGGCCACCGUGCUGGUGUCGGCUCUUCGACGGGAGUUCCCGGACCUGCCGAUCCACGUGCACACGCACGACACCGCGGGGACCGGGGUUGCCUCCAUGAUCGCGGCCGCACACGCCGGUGCGGAUGCAGUGGACGCGGCAAUAGACGCCAUGGCCGGCACCACCUCGCAGCCCAGCAUGGGCGCCCUGGCUUCCUCUCUCGCGCGGUCCCCACUCGACACGGGCCUCGAUAUGGACGAGAUCACCAAGGUGAACGACUAUUGGGAGGAGUGCCGCGGCCUGUACGCGCCGUUCGAGAGCGGACAGAAGUCGGGAUCCGCGGACGUCUACAACCACGAGAUGCCCGGGGGACAGUACACGAACCUUCUGUUCCAGUCCCAGCAGCUGGGCCUCUCGGGGAGGUGGCCUCACAUCAAACGUGCCUACGCCUCGGCCAACCGUCUUCUCGGCGACAUCAUCAAGGUGACCCCCUCCUCCAAGGUGGUGGGCGACCUCGCGCAGUUCAUGGUCCAGAACAACCUGACGGAGGAGGCGGUGAUCGAGAGGGGAGAGUCGCUCUCGUUCCCCGGUUCGGUGGUGGAGUACUUCCAGGGCUACCUGGGCAUUCCUCCCUACGGCUUCCCGGAGCCGUUGAGAUCCAAGGGCAAGACCCUACCCAACGGCAAGUCUUGCUUCGACGGUCGCCCGGGAGCGGAGAUGCCCGACUACGACUUCCCGAAGGAGAUGCGCCAGCUGGUCGGAGAGCACGGUGUUGCGGUGACGGAGCAGGACCUCAUCAGCCACGCGCAGUACCCGGCGGUCUUCAAGGAGUUUGCCAAGUUCCGUGAGGAGCACGGGGACCUGUCGAUCCUCGACACGAGGACAUUCGUCUCGGGCAUGAAGACGGGGCAGGAGAUUUCGGUGGAAAUCGAGCACGGAAAGGUGCUGUUCAUCAAGCUGAUGAGCGUGCAGGAGCCCGACGAGGAAGGGUCUCGCAGCGUGACGUUCGAGCUCAACGGUCAGCCCCGCGUGGUGCGCGUGAAGGACAAGUCUGUUGCCGGGUCGAUCACCGCUCGCGGGAAGGCGGACGACUCCGUCAUCGGAUCCGUCGGGGCCCCCAUGCCCGGCGUGGUGGUCGGAAUCAAGGUACACCCGGGCGAGACGGUCAAGCAGGGGCAACCGCUGCUGGUGUUGUCGGCGAUGAAGAUGGAGACGAAUGUGGCAUCCCCUGCGGACGGCAUCGUCAAGGCGCUGCAUGUGAAGGAGGGAGACAACAUCCAGGGGAACGACCUCGUCGUAGAGAUCGACGUAUAAUGCUUGAAAGACGAGUGAGGUUUUAGCCACUACUUAUGUGGCUGCUGUCUUUGAAUUUAUUGAUUCGGCUACGGAGAACCUUGUUUUUCCUUGUUUUUU